GUGGAACUGGCUCUUAUGAAGAUUUUGGGAGCCUGCAAACUCUUACUUCGUUUGUUGGAUUGCUGUUGCAAGACAUUUCUCUUGACAGUGAAACAUCUAGGUUUGCAAGAAUUCAUUAUUUUAAACCUUGUGAUAGCUGGACUGGUGAGCAGGUUAUGGGUUCUCUAUAAAGGUGUUUUGAAAAGACUGACUUCUUUAUAUGAACCAUUGUUUGGAUUGCUUCAAGAGGUUUCUAAGAUUCAACCAAUGCCUUACUUCAAAAAUUUUACCUUUCCUUCUGAUAUUACCAAAUUUUUAGGACAAUCUUAUAUCGAGGUCUUUAGUAAAAAAAUGUCUACAGCUUUUGAAUCUAAAGGAGUAACUAAAUUGCUAAAUAAAUUGUUUUCAAAUAAAGAUCAGUCAUCAAAGUUCAAGGAAGAAACUUUAUGUAGAAUGUCCAAAGAAACUAAACAUCUGAAUACCAGUAUACAGAAUAGCAUGGAUCUUGGGCAGCCAUUAAAGAAUAAGAAAAUCUUCAAAGUGAAAUCAUCAGAGUUCGAUGUGAGGGCUUUCUGCAAACAACAAAAACACGGAACUAUUCAGGAAAUGAAUUCUCAUUUUAAAUGUUAUCAAUCCAAACUAAAGGCAACCAAACAGCCUUCUUGGAAAGCAGAAGAAACUCCUUGUGUCAAAAGUUUUGUGCAAAGAUUCCAAGAAGUUGAGUCUUUUACACAACUGUCUGAAGAAAUCCAAAAGGCAAUUCUCUGGUGCAAGAGCAAAAAUUUCAAGGCUCAGACCACAUUUCUGCGGAACAAACUUCUUAAAAGUAACCGGCUGAAACAUGUAGUCACUCAAGACUAUAGUUUACCAAAGAAACUGAAGUGCAUAAAAACAUCGAUUUGCAACUGUCUCCUUCGCAGCUCAGGUAUCAAAACUUCAAAGCAUCCUCUGAGGCAAAGACCACAGAAUAAAUUUUUACGAAGACAGAGGAAACCACAAAGAAAGAUGCAGGCAACUCUUCUAAUGGAAAUUCAGCAAUCCUCCAAAGAGAUUCAGGGCACUACAGAUAUCUGUAAAUGGAGAGAUUCAAGCCAGACAUUGCUUAGACCUAAGCUCUACCCUGACAGGAAGCUGCUCUUAAGUAACAGACUUUUCAGUCCUGCCACCCAAACUCCACAAAAACAAAUUUCUGAAAAUCUUACAGAAAGCAUUGGCAAUGAAAUGGAGUCACAUACAAUGAUGCACAUAAACAAACGUAAUACUCCAGGAACCAUUAAGAAGACUGAUGACAUCGAUGAUAUUUUUGCCUUAAUGGGAGUUUAGAUGUUCACAUGUGAGAUUUUAGUGAUUAACAAACUGAUCUAAAGUCCCACUGUUUUAAGUGGAACUACUGAGAAAUGGAAAUAUUUGAUGUAAAAGGAUCUGUGAGGCCAUCAGUUUAUAGCAAAUCAAUAAACUUUGAUACAAUUAUGUUAUUUAAUUAGUGGCAUAUUUGAUUGGUAAAGUAAAAUACUAGCUUUUUGCUAGGUGUUGAGAUUUUAAAA